AUGGCGGGCGCCUCCGACCCCCUGGAAGAUAUGCUCUUUUCAGAGGUGGAUGAAAAAGCUGUGAGCGACCUAGUGGGCUCAUUGGAGUCACAGCUUGCUGGCCAAAGCAACACAGCAGGAAAAGCAGACGAAAACGGAGGCGCUGGCUCAGUGCCCCCCGCUAACCAUCACUUAGGAAAAACGCUACCAGCUCCAGUGGGCACCACAACACUAGAACAACAACAACAAGGACGGCGUAAUAAACCUGAGAUGCGCCAGGAGAUCAACUCUAAAGACGUUAGCCUGGAUAAAACUGUCACAUCUCCGUCUCUGGGCUGUACCCCUGCUUUUGGCGAGCCCUCCACCACUUCGGCUGCCUGUGUGAACGCCACUAGCAGCGGCUCGCUAUCACAUGGAGCAUCCAUCACAACACUGACUGCAUCUGGUGUGUCAACUUUGGCAUCUACGCCAGCCAGCAUCAGCACCACAUCCAGCCGGGGGUGUAAGGUUUGCCCGGGCACAGGUGAGACGUCGACGGAAGCUAACCCACCGAGGAAACGCAUAAGCACCCCACGGAGGAGCGCUUCGGCUCGGAUAAAGAGUUUGAACGGCGCAGCUGUAACGACGAGAAGGAACAGCAACACAGUGGUGGCGGAAAACGUUAGCUCUGUGGAUAUCAGUGCAGCCACACCGAACUCUACUCGACCGGUGACCUCCUCUAUUAACACUUCGACUUUCACCCUAUCAAACGCUAACCUCCCUUUAGGUCAGUCGGCUAUUGCUCUCGACCGGGGGACUCCUACCAUUGCUUUGCAUAGACUCCCGAGUCAUAUUGUAGCGAGCAUAGCCCAGAACGGCAACGGGACCAGUGUGUCGGCCUUGGUCCAGCAGGGCGCUCGCAUAGGACCCAUCACCUCCUCAGCUCCACAGGGGAACCACAGCAAAACGGUCACAGAAACUGGGGCUUCCAAAACAGACGAUUGUCAGUCCAAAAUUGUAAUGUCAAGCCAGUCUGGUAGUGUCAACUCUGUAAUAAACACUGUUUCCUCUGCGCCUUCUGUUGUCACACCACCACCAACAACUACUACAGCAGCAGCUACAACCACCACAACAGUAACCCAGCCUAUGAGCUCUGCAACAGCUGCUGCCUGUGUUACAGGGGUGGCAGCAAGUUCAGUAUGUGCUACUGGUCAAACUACAUCAGUGACCACCACUAUUAGCAUGGUCAGGCCCACAGCCCCCUCUCCAACUCCUGCUGUGGCCACCUCCGCACAGACUCAACCCCGUCCUGGACUUACAGCACCUCAAAGGAUCGUAGCCCCCCAGCUGAUUGUCAGACCACCUCAGCAGCAGACGACCAUUCAGCUGCCCCCUGGGUUUACCAUCCCACCGGGGAUGGUGUUGGUACGCACAGAGUUGGGCCAGCUGGUGAUGGUUCCUCAGCAGGCUUUGGCUCAAGCUCAGGCUCAAGCUCAGGCUCAAGCCCAGAACAGCAUCUCUCCACGACCUGCCACCCCCACAACAGGAGCAUCCUUCAGAGUAACAACUCCACAGUCUCCUGUGACCUCUCAGACCACCAGGCAGUGUCCUUUGACCCCGGCCAAGAUGGUACCGUCUCCCUCUCCCACUCCUUCCAGCCCUGCCCUCCAGACCUCCUCCUCUUCCUCUUCUUCCUCCUCCUCCUCCUGUCCUGCACUCCGCCCAAAGGGCCCCGUGGCGCCGGCCGUGGCUGUGACGGCUCCGCAGCAGACCCCCGUGGUUAUGGCCCCCCAGGCCCCGGCUCAGGCUGCCUCCCAGCCAGUGCAGCCUCCGCAGACGGGCAUCACCGCGAACCCCGGAGGUCCUGUCGUGUCCCAGGAAAUGCAAGAGAAUGUCAAAAAGUGUAAGAAUUUCCUGGCCACGCUCAUCAAGCUGGCGUCUCACAACUCUCCGUCCCCUGAGACUUCCAAGAACGUCAAGGCUCUGGUUCAGGACCUGUUGGAUGCCAAGAUUGAACCGGAGGAGUUCACCAGCCGGCUGCAGACUGAGCUCAAGUCGUCUCCGCAGCCUUACCUGGUGCCCUUUCUCAAGAAGAGCCUCCCGGCCCUGAGGCUGUCUUUGCUGAAUAGUCAGCAGUCCCUGACCCAGCCUCCGCAGCAGGGAGUCAAACCAGCACCCGGCGGCCCCCCUCCUGCCAUCGUGGCCGGGCCAGCUGUCCGCAUACGCCACCCUAACAGCGUCAGCAUCACUACGGGUGCCAGCGCGCUGCCCGCUGGGACACUCGGACAUGCAGCUGGCAUGGGUAUCAAGGCAGCAGGCACUGUCAGUGGCCAGGUCCGGAUGCCCGUGGUGAUCACACAGUCUGUCAGAGCGCAAGGCACAAUGGGGAAGGGAGGCAUCAUCCAAGCAGGCAAAAGUCCCGUGGGCCUGGCUGUUCAGAUCUCUGGGAAUCAGAAAAACAAGCUCAACGACCCCGGAGGAGGUUCUUUCAGGGAUGAUGAUGACAUCAAUGACGUCGCCUCCAUGGCCGGGGUGAACUUGAAUGAGGAAAGCGCAAGAAUACUUGCCACCAACUCUGAACUAGUGGGAACGCAGAUCCGCUCAUGUAAAGACGAGGCCUUUCUCCAUCCAGGACUGCUUCAUCGACGAAUUCUGGAAACAGCUAAGAAGUUUGGAGUCACAGAGGUCCCUAUGGAGGCGGUGACAUUUAUCUCACACGCCACACAGUCACGACUUCGAACUGUGGUAGAAAAGAUUUCUACCAUCGCACAGCACCGACUGGAUUCCUGUAAGGAUGAUGAGUGCUACGAGCAGUCUGCAGACGUUCGCUCUCAGCUGCGCUUCUUCGAGCAGCUGGAGAGAAUGGAAAAGCAGAGGAAGGACGAGCAGGAGAGAGAGAUCCUGUUGAAAGCCGCUAAAAGUCGCUCCAGGCAAGAGGACCCAGAGCAAGCUCGACUGAAACAGAAAGCUAAGGAGAUGCAACAACAGGAACUGGCACAGAUGAGGCAGCGAGAUGCCAACCUUACAGCACUAGCCGCCAUCGGACCCCGCAAAAAACGUAAAGUGGACUCACCAGGGGCCACCCCAUCAGGGACCGAGGUUUCAGGCAGCACGGCGGGCUCCCUGGCCAGCUCCUCCACCCCGUCCACCUCAUCGCGCCAGUACACACGGCAACGCAUCACUCGCGUCAACCUCAGGGACUUAAUUUUCUACAUGGAGCAGGAGAGAGAGACCGCCCACUCCCUCCUCCUUUACCGUGCCCUGCUCAAGUAGCCUCUGCUCCGCUCAGCGCCCACCUCAACCUCCUCCUCCUUCCCAACCACGUGCCUUCAGAUCAGGUCUAAAUGUUUCAGCUCUGUGUCUCCAUAUGUACUGUAGUGACGUUUGAUGUAGCUUUUAAUAAGAAGAGAGAGAGAUAGAGAGAGAGAGAGAAAAACAUACAAAAAUAAAACUGUUGUUCUGUUUCUUCUCAGUUUAGAUUCACGGUUUGUGGUGAGAUCAUUAAGUUUAAAGGCCAUAUCAAAUUCUUUGUGUUGACGUUGGAUUUUUUUAAAGGAACAAAGUGGUUUUGGUGUCGCUGGACUUGACCCAGAACUUGUUCCAUGUAUGUCAGGUAGCUGUUUAUUUGACGUUGUCGGCAGUAGCUUCAAUGAACCACCUCAAAGCAAGGAUUAUUUUGGGCAAAGAGAAUUAUGCUCACACCUCGAUACAGCCUACGAUAUUCUCCAUGAGCUAUUUGUUGAACGUAGUUCAAUGAAUGUAGUUUAGCUGAACACAAUAAAUCAGAGACUUUACUGGUUUCUAUCCCGAGACAUCGUUUUGAAACAUUAGGAUUCCAAAUAACAGCAUCACAUUCAAUUUCCUCACUGUAUGUGUAAAUAGUUCGUAUUGAAUUAUUUUACAGCAUGUAUAUUUUUAUCACAUGUAAGCUUUGUAAGAAAAAGAAUAACCCAUGUGUCAAUAUUAUGAAACCUGAUGUUUUGUAAAACCAUGUGCUUUGAAUGAGUCAAAAUUAGACAGUUUAUUCUGUUCACCUGUAGAGUAUUUGUUAUAAGGCAGAGUCCCCAUGACCCUUCUGCAAAAGGUCAUUAGACAAAAUCAUGGUCGCACCUAGAAACACUAGUUUCUGAUUGGCCACCCAGUGUCAGUGUUUAUUUUAUUUUUUAACCCACCCCAAUGUGAACUUUGAUUUUAUGACUAGAUUUUUGUACAUUGUGUACUAUCAUGCUCACUUCUUCAAAAACCUACCUGGUAUAGAAGGUUUUGGUGUUACUGUACUGUAGGUGGGGCCGUGAUGUGGGAGAGUGAAAACUCGGAUCAAAACAGACAUUCCUUCAUCUUUUCCUCUCACUGUCCUAUCUGCACAUUAUUGAUGUUUGAAAAAAAUAAGUUUCAAAAUCUCAAUUGUGCUGGUGAGCCCCUUCAGCGCCAGCCUACAUUGGUAAUGGCUGAAUGACAAAAGCACUUAUUCGUUUGUAUUUUGAUUCACGAUUAAGAAUCACAGCUGUAGAGUCAUGUUAAACUAUAGAAUGAAGCAGCCUAAAAAUGAUUUCUACUUCCUCCCAUUUUGUUUCUGUUUUUGUAUUACUGACUGAAGAGAGGAAUGGGAUAAAACGCCUGCUUUUUACAUGUCGUACUGCAUUGUUGCCUCUUUUUAUUUUUUUUGUUUGUUUGUUUUGGGUUUUUUACAAAUCCUUAUUGUAUUAUGUAAUAUUGUCCAUUAUGUAUUUUUGUUUGUUUUUUUCUAUUUAACUAAAUAUCUUGGCCUCUAUGCAGCUUUUCUUGUCAUAUUGAAAUUUAUUUAAAUAUUGGUGACAUUUGGAACAAUUGUUGUGCAUUGUACAUUUUGACAGCACUUUUUUUUAUAUCUAUUUUACCUGACAACUGAAAGCUGUCACUGUAUUAUAGCAAAGAAAUGAAUCUUUUAAGUAGUAAACGGUAUUGCCACCUUCUGUCAAAAGACAGUUAUUUUUAACAAUUAAUAUAUUUUCUUUUCGUUUUUUUUUUUUGGAUUGGCUUUUAUGCUUAACACAUUUUCAUAAAUUUUAUCUCCAAAAUACCAUGUUUUAAAAACAAGCACAACAAUAUCGAUUGUGAUGAUUUCAAAUGGUUUUAUUAGUGAUUUCUAUGGUUUCUGGUGGUUUCACAGGAGGAUAUUUCUAUUACUACUACAGCUUUUUAGCCAAAAUAUUAGGACAAUAUUACUGAUGUAAACAGACGGGGAAAUAACAUUUCAGUGUAAGGAUGAUUUGUAAAUAUUGUUUACAAAACUAUGUGUUUAUUAGAACCACGUUAUUUUUGGUAAACUCUUGUACAUAUCUUGAAAAUUUCCUGUUUGUGUGAAAAAACAAUACUUAUGUAUUUGUACCUAUUUUGUAAAGGAAUAAAUAAGCUGUUUACUAAACUGAGCAGAUGCUGACUUUGUGCAUUCCUUCUUUUACUCUAACAGUGUACACAUCAGGAUGUCGGUAGAUACUGUUGAAGUCUUAACAGGGAUAAAGAAAAUGUGAAUUUUUUUUCUUUGAAAUGACUUAAUAACUAAGCAAUACCCCCCCCCCUCUCUUCAUUCCUUACUCUUUAAAAGGAAAAAUAAGCUGUUAUGUUUUUUACCAAAGUCAACGACUAAUUCAGCCUGCUUCAUUUCCAUUUCUAACAUUGCACAUGCUAAGUACAAACUGAGUCAAGCGCUGCUGCUCAACUAUGAAAAGUCCCCCUAGGUUUCUGCUGCUAAUUAAGCAGAAGCAUUUUUGAAAAGACCAAACUGUUUAACUCAGUGCAAAAUAUUGGAGUUUGGGAGCAUAUUGGUUUUUUCAAGAUCUCGGCCUAUUCCUCAGUCCCUCUGGAGCUGCAGACUGAUCUGGAUUCAGCCCUGAAGACGACCUUCCUGCUUUGCAAAAAUUAACAGGGAGCUCGCAUAUGCUUGGGUACAGUAGACUGGAAAGAUUUCUCAGAGUUUUAUCAGUUCAAUUAAAGGACACAGAGGUCGACAAGCUGAGUACAGCAACCACAUAAAUGCUGCCAUCAUCUGUAAUAAAUGCAUCUCUAGAUCGUGACAGAGGUGACUGCUAAACUAAACCUUAUUUUCCUUUUUUUUUAAAAGGGCAGUUUACUCCAAAAUCAAAAAUACAUAUUUU